GCGUCUGGCGGCAGCUUUGGGCAGUGGCUACCCUGCUUCUUGCACCGUGUCCUCGAGGUGCGGGCCCCGGCGAGACCGGACCGGCGCCGCGGACCAAGCUGCAGGGAGGCCCGGAGGCAACCCGAGCCUUCGCGACGUUUUUGCGACAGCCGUGGCCGUGUUCCGCGAGUCCCCUCCCUCCCUCCUCUCUCUGAGGAGGUACCGGCUGUUGUGCGGCGCUGCCUUUCUGUUUGAGUGUAUGGGAGAGAGAGUGAGUGAGUGAGUGUGAGCGUGUGUGUGAGAGGGUGAGGCGUGAGUGCGAGUGUAAGAGAAGGAGAGCCGGCUGCGGCCGCCCCGCCGCUCCCCGCAGCGGGAGCAGAACGCGCGGCAAGAGCGAGCAGGAGAGCCGGCGCCCCGGGAGCCCGCGGGGACAAGGGCAGAGACGCCGCUCCCCACCCCCAGCCCUCGUCCCUCUGCUCUCCUUCGCCCGGGGGAAGCUCCCCGUCCCCCCACGCUCCCUCUGCCCCGCCAUCCCCCUGGAUGUCCCCGGCGCUCUCGCGGGGCCUCCUCCUGCUCUUGCCGCAUCAGUCGGGCUGGUGCUGCGGCCGCCGGGUGUAGAGCGGGCGGGUUCCCGGGGGCUGCGGCUGCCGGUGCUUCCCCGGUCCCCACCCCUGUCCCCCGGCCCCCCGACCCAGCUCCCCGGCCCCGGAGGCUGUGACAAUGGACUAUGACUUUAAAGUGAAGCUGAGCAGCGAGCGGGAGCGGGUCGAGGACCUGUUUGAAUACGAGGGCUGCAAAGUUGGCCGAGGCACUUAUGGUCACGUCUACAAAGCCAAGAGGAAAGAUGGGAAAGAUGAUAAAGACUAUGCUUUAAAACAAAUAGAAGGAACUGGGAUCUCUAUGUCGGCAUGUAGAGAAAUAGCAUUACUUCGAGAGCUUAAGCAUCCAAAUGUCAUCUCUCUUCAAAAGGUUUUUCUGUCUCAUGCUGAUAGGAAAGUAUGGCUUCUGUUUGACUACGCUGAACAUGACCUCUGGCAUAUAAUCAAGUUUCACAGAGCUUCUAAAGCAAACAAGAAGCCAGUUCAGUUACCUCGGGGAAUGGUGAAGUCACUAUUAUAUCAGAUCCUAGAUGGGAUUCACUACCUGCAUGCUAACUGGGUGUUGCACAGGGAUUUGAAACCUGCUAAUAUUUUAGUUAUGGGUGAAGGUCCUGAGCGAGGAAGAGUAAAAAUUGCUGAUAUGGGCUUUGCCCGAUUAUUUAAUUCACCUUUGAAGCCUUUAGCAGAUUUGGAUCCAGUAGUUGUAACAUUCUGGUACCGAGCCCCAGAAUUACUUCUUGGAGCGAGACAUUAUACCAAAGCUAUUGAUAUUUGGGCUAUAGGGUGUAUAUUUGCAGAACUACUAACGUCAGAACCAAUAUUUCACUGUCGACAAGAGGACAUCAAAACUAGUAAUCCUUAUCACCAUGACCAGCUGGACAGAAUAUUCAAUGUAAUGGGAUUUCCUGCAGAUAAAGAUUGGGAAGAUAUAAAAAAGAUGCCUGAACAUUCAACAUUAAUGAAAGAUUUCAGAAGAAAUACGUAUACCAACUGCAGCCUUAUCAAGUAUAUGGAAAAACAUAAAGUUAAACCAGAUAGUAAAGCAUUCCACUUGCUUCAGAAGUUACUUACCAUGGACCCAAUAAAGCGAAUUACCUCAGAACAGGCUAUGCAGGAUCCCUAUUUCUUAGAAGAUCCACUUCCUACAUCAGAAAGAAAAGAUUCAUCUUGUCACAGUUGCGCAGUUGAAAGUGUUUUUGCCGGUUGUCAAAUCCCUUACCCAAAACGAGAAUUUUUAACAGAAGAAGAACCUGAUGACAAAGGAGACAAAAAGAACCAGCAGCAGCAGCAGGGCAAUAACCAUACUAAUGGAACUGGUCACCCAGGGAAUCAAGACAGCAGUCAUACACAGGGACCCCCAUUGAAAAAAGUGAGAGUUGUUCCUCCUACCACUACCUCAGGUGGACUAAUCAUGACCUCAGACUAUCAGCGUUCCAAUCCACAUGCUGCCUAUCCCAACCCUGGACCAAGCACAUCACAGCCACAGAGCAGCAUGGGAUACUCAGCUACCUCCCAGCAGCCUCCACAGUACUCACAUCAGACACACCGGUACUGAGCUGCGCUGGAAUGUUGUCGAUGCACUGUUGCUAGUGCUGCAGGACUGACGGUGCAGCUCUCUGCGGGAACCUGGUAUGGGCCAUGGGAAUGUACUGUACACCCACAUCCUCAAACUGUCCGGUAGCCAAGUUCCACCACUUUUCACAGACCGGGGUAGUGGCUUCCAAGUUGUACCUGUUUUGGAGUUAGACUUGAAAGAAAGUGCUAGCACAGUUUGUGUUGUGGAUUUGCUACUUCCAUAGUUUACUUGACAUGGUUCAGACUGACCAAUGCAUUUUUUUCAGUGACAGUCUGUAGCAGUUGAAGCUGUGAAAUGUGCUAGGGGCGAGCAUUUGUCGUUGUAUGUGGUGAAUUCUUUCAGUGUAACAACAUUAUCUGACCAAUAGUACACACUCGCACACACACACACACACACACACACACACACACAAGUUUAACUGGUACUUGAAACAUACAGUAUAUGUUAACUCAACAAAAUAACCAAGACUCAAAGUGAGAUUAUUUUGGUACACCUUUCAUUUUAGUGUCUUAUCAGUGGGUUGAUUCAUUUUCUACAUUAAUCAGUGUUUUUCGACCAAGGCUAUUGCUUAGGUUUUUUUGAAAGUACAAAAACCACAUAGUUUUUCCAGAAAGGUUUCAAAACUCCCAAAGAUUAAUUUCCAACUUAUAAGUUUGUUUUUAUUUUCAAUCUAUGACUUGACUGGUAUUAAAGCUGCUAUUUGAUAGUAAUUAAAUAUGUUGUCAUUGAUAUAAACCUGUUUGGUUCGGCAAACAAACUGAAAUGAUUGUCAUAGACAGUGUUUUAUUUUUCCUGUUGGUGUUGCUGAUUAGUGAGCAUGCUUUAAGAUGAAAAAAGCAUGAAUGAUAACUUCCUCUGAAAGGUGCGGCAUCCCAUUCAGAUAUUUUGUCCUGAUUUUAAAGCUGGUUGGUGUAGUGCUAUUAAAAUUUUGUUCAGUUAAUUUUCCUUUUUAAAACUUGUUCGCACGUUGUUUAGGGUGCCCUUACUUCAGCAAAGGAGAAGGAGUAGGAGAGCCUUAGAAUUUUUGAGGAAAAAAAAAAAAC